AUGUAUAUUAAACAGAUCAUCAUCCAAGGCUUCAAGAGCUACAAGGACCAAACCGUCAUUGAGCCCUUCUCGCCCAAGACCAAUGUCAUUGUCGGUCGCAAUGGCUCCGGCAAGAGCAAUUUUUUUGCGGCGAUUCGUUUCGUCUUGAGUGAUGCCUACACCCAGAUGAGUCGUGAGGAGCGCCAGGGACUUCUACAUGAGGGGUCCGGCUCAGCCGUCAUGUCCGCAUACGUUGAGAUUAUCUUCGACAACAGCGACGAUCGCUUUCCAACAGGAAACAAGGAAGUUGUGCUACGGCGCACCAUCGGUUUGAAAAAGGACGAAUACUCUGUCGACCGCAAAGUAGUUACCAAGACCGACGUUACAAAUCUUCUAGAAGCUGCGGGCUUCUCUCGUUCCAACCCAUAUUAUAUUGUCCCGCAGGGUCGCGUCACAGCCUUGACAAAUAUGAAAGAAUCCGAUCGACUAAACCUGCUCAAGGAGGUCGCGGGCACACAAGUCUACGAAGCGCGCCGUGCCGAAUCACUCAAGAUUAUGAAUGAAACAAACAACAAACGCGAAAAGAUUGACGAACUCCUUGAAUAUAUCAAAGAGCGACUAGCCGAGCUUCAAGAAGAAAAGGAAGAACUGCGUGGCUUCCAGGAUAAGGAUCGAGAAAGGCGAUGCCUCGAAUACGCCUACCAUCACCGCGAACAGGUCACUAUUCAAGACGCGCUCGAGGACAUCGACAAUGCACGGCAAGACGGCCUCGAUACCACCGAUUCCCGCCGUACUGAGUUCAUUCAGGGUGAGAAGGCAUUGGCGAAGCUUGAUGCAGAGAUUCAUAAACUGCAGCGCCAGAUUGAGCUCUUACAGAUUGAUCGCAAUCAGCUUGAAGAGGACCGCCGUGAUGGCGCAAAGGCUCUGGCCAAGAUUGAGCUCAAGGUCAAAAAUCUCAAAGAAGGCCAAUCAGCCCAAGAACAAGCACGCACUGCCCAUGCCUCGGAGUUGCAGUCCGUUCAGAGCGAUAUUGCAGCCAAGGAGAAGGAGCUCACCAAGCUGCUUCCCAAGUACAAUAACAAGGUGCAGGAGGAGAAUGAGAUUCGUAGGCAGCUCGAUGCCGCUGAAGGUGUUCGCGGUCGUUUAUUCGCCAAGCAGAGCCGAGGAUCCAGAUUCAAGAACAAGGCCGAGCGUGAUGCUUGGCUGAAGCAAGAAAUCAAAGAACUCACUGUCACCACCAGCACGCAGAAAGCAAAUCGAUUGGAUGCUGACGAGGAAGUGCAGCGCGUUCAGCAGAUAAUUACGCACGGCGAGCAGGAAAUUGCUGAUUUGCGAUCACGUCUUGCCAAUUGGAGCAACGAAAGAACCGACCUCGCCGACCAGGCUGCCAAGGCUAGACAAGUUUUGGAUCAACUAAACGACGAGCGCAAACUCCUCCGCCGUGAGGAUGACAAGCUUAACUCGGUCAUAUCCAAUGCACGCCAAGAGAAAGAGCAGGCAGAUAGAGAAAUGUCUCACGCCAUCGAUGGAGCCACUGCUCGUGGUCUUGCGACUAUUAGGCGUUUAAAGCAAGACCAGGACAUUCCCGGUGCCUACGGCACGCUGGCUGACUUGCUCGAAGUCAACGAAGCAUACCGCUUGCCUGUCGAGCAAAUCGCUGGCGCUAGCCUCUUCCACUACGUCGUUGACAACGCCGACACCGCUACCUACUUGGCCGAUAUCCUUUUCAAGCAGCGUGGUGGACGUGUCACAUUCAUGCCGCUAGCCCAACUUCGACCGCGACACGUCAACAUGCCAAAGUCAAGCGAUGCAGUGCCUCUCAUGAGCAAGAUCAGCUUUGAUCCCAUGUAUGAGAAGGCCUUUCAGCAGGUAUUUGGAAAGACUGUUGUCUGCCCGAACCUUUCAGUAGCUGCUCAAUAUGCUCGCAGUCAUGGCGUUGACGGUAUUACUGUGGAGGGUGACACUACAAACAAGCGAGGUGCCAUGACCGGUGGCUACAUCGACCCUAGAAAAUCACGACUCGAGGCUGUGCAUGCUGCCAACAAGUGGCGAAGCGAAUUCGACCGCUUGGUGGCCCAGUCUCGCGACUUGAGGGCCCAAAUCGAGCGUAAGGAUCAGGAAAUUACGGCAGCCAUGUCUGAAGUGCAAAAGGCGGAGCAAAAGCUUCGACAGGCCGAGGACGGUUUCGAGCCGUUGAAGCACGAGCUUCGGAACAAGACUUCGCACAUUGAGAGUGAAAGAGCUCACCUCGACUCAGCCAUCAAACGUCGCGACGCUGUGGAGAAGAACAUGAACGUUUUUAUGGAAGAAAUUGCCGCUCAUGAGACCGAACUGGGCACUGAAUACAAGAAGAGCUUGACUGCCGCUGAAGAACAGGAACUCGAGAAUUCGACUCUGCUGGCUCAGCAGCUCCAGCAACAAUGGAAUGAAAUCAGCAAAACGAGACGGGAGCUAGAGCGUAGGAAGCAAUUCCUUGAAGUUGAGCUCCGCCAGAAUCUGCAAAUGAACCUUGAUCAGCUCAACAGUCAAGCGUUUGAGAAUUCUGCUUCAGCGGGUACAUCUGGAGGCCUGGCCGAUGCCCAGAAAGAACUCAAGAAGGCGCAGGCAACCCUGAAGUCGGUCACCGCUAGCCUGCAUGAAGCUGAACAGCAGAUUGAAAGUCUCAUGACCAAGGCAGAGACUAUUCGCGCUGAGCGCAGCCAGCGCGAACAAGCGCAGAACGAGAUUUCUACAAGGAUUGAGAAGCAACAGAAGCGCCUGGAGAAAAGUCUGCAACGCAAAGCUCUCCUCACGGCGCAAGCCGCAGAAUGCGCCAAGAACAUCCGCGAGUUGGGCGUGUUACCAGAGGAAGCUUUUGACAAGUACGAAAACAUGGAGGCCAAUGUGAUCACGAAGAAGCUCAAGAAGGUCAACGAGGCACUGAAGAAGUACAAGCACGUGAACAAGAAGGCCUUUGAGCAGUACAGCAACUUCACACAACAGGAAGACCAUCUGAUGAAGCGUCGCAAGGAAUUGGAUGCGUCUCAGGGAUCCAUCGAGGAGCUUGUUGAACAUUUGGAUCGACGCAAGGACGAAGCUAUUGAGCGCACGUUCAAGCAAGUGUCCAAAGAGUUUGCCACAAUCUUUCAGAAGCUGGUGCCUGCCGGUCAUGGGCGCCUCGUGAUUCAGCGCAGGACCGACAGACGCCAAGACCUCGACGAGUCGGACGAGGAAGCGAGAGGCAGCGUCGAAAACUAUAUCGGCGUUGGAAUCAGCGUGUCCUUUAACUCGAAGCAUCUAGACGAGCAGCAGCGUAUCCAGCAACUUAGCGGUGGUCAAAAGAGUCUUUGCGCUCUGUGCCUGAUUUUCGCUCUGCAGCAGACGGAAAGCAGUCCCAUGGUCAUCUUUGAUGAGGUUGACGCCAACCUCGACGCCCAGUACCGUACCGCCGUUGCCGCCCUGCUCGAAUCCAUCUCCAACGAGGCCGGCACGCAGUUCAUCUGCACCACGUUCCGUCCCGAGAUUGUGCACACGGCUGACAAGUGCUACGGUGUCACGUUCCACAAUAAGACGAGUGGUGUCAACUGCGUGCCCCGCGAGGACGCCCUCAACUUUGUCGAGGGCCAGGCCAAGCCUGCGUAG